AAUAAUUAAGAACAAAUUAAGAAGAAGGGAGAGCCAUGGCUUGUGAGAAGAGCAGGAUACUAAUAUUUGGAGGGACUGGGUAUCUUGGCUUACACAUGGUCAAGGCAAGCCUCUCGAUGGGCCAUCCAACCUACGCUUAUGUUCGCCCUGUCAAACCAUACACCAAUCCUUCCAAGCUAGACCUCCUCAAGGAAUUCGAAUCCAUGGGAGUCACUGUAUUCCAAGGAGAAUUGGAAGAGCAUGAGAAGCUUGUUUCAGCAGUAAAACAAGUGGAUGUAGUGAUUUCUACUCUUGCUGUUCCUCAGCAUCUAGACCAGCUCAAAAUAAUCAGUGCUAUGAAAGAAGCUGGCAACAUCAAAAGGUUUGUUCCAUCAGAAUUUGGAAAUGAGGUCGAUAGAGUUAGUGGGCUGCCACCUUUUGAAACACUGCUUGCUAACAAAAGGAAGAUCAGGAGAGCAUCAGAAGCUGCUGGACUUUCUUACACCUACGUCUCUGCAAACUCAUUUGCUGCAUAUUUCGUGGAUUUCUUGCUCCAUCCCCAUGAGAAACGAGAAGAAGUUCUUGUUUAUGGAAGCGGUGAAGCCAAAGCUGUGUUGAAUUACGAAGAGGAUGUGGCAGCCUAUACGGUGAAAGCAGCAACAGAUCCAAGGGUUGCCAAUCGUGUCAUUAUCUACAGGCCCCCUGGAAACAUUGUUUCCCAGCUAGGUUUAAUAUCUUCUUGGGAGAAAAAGACUGGACGAACUCUCAAGAAAAUCCAUGUCCCUGAGGAAGAAAUCGUGAAGCUCUCUGAGUCCUUGCCCUUCCCUGAAAACGUCCCGCCGUCGAUCCUGCACAACAUAUUUAUCAAAGGUGAGCAGAUGAGCUUUGAACUCACAGCAGAUGAUUUGGAGGCUUCCGAGUUAUAUCCUGACUACAAGUACACUUCAGUUGAUACUCUCCUCGACAUCUGCUUGGUGAAUCCCCCUAAGCCCAAAUUAGCAGCAUUCUCGUAAAUUAAUUAUUGUGCUUUUGUAAUGUGUGCACCAAAUUAAUAAAGAGCUAGCUUGGUGGCUUAACUUGUAUUUAUACAAGGCCAUUUGAUUAUUACAAGAAACUUCUUCAUUAGUCUAUGCAGGUAAAUGUCCAUGAAAUUACUGUCUUUUUGUUAAGGAGUUGGAUUAGAAUACAA